UUCGAAGGAGCUCAAAAACGCUUGCCAAGUGUUUCUGCUCAAGAGAGUCAGGAAAUAGAGAUGGACAACGGGCAGUCGUUGAACAAGCUGUUGGAGUUUGAUAAUUUUGUGCUCAGUUUUCAGGAGCCAGGACUAGGUCAGGACGCAUGCGUGGAAGCCUACGACAAAGACGACGCAGUCAAACACUACGCCGUGUCUACAGUGGCCCUCGCCUACAGGGGUCCACAGUACUGUGCCGAUAUGGCGGCGGCCAUGGUACAAGACAGGAGGGAGGGGGCGCUUGUCUUAGAUGUGGCUGCUGGGACUGGUUUAGUGGGGGAGGAGCUACACAAACACGGAUUUAAAAACAUCCACGCUCUCGACGGGGCGUCCCAAAUGUUGGAGACAUGUAAACAAAAGGGAGUCUACUCUGAUUUCAUCCAAUGCAUCUUGUUAGAAGGAAAACAAAUGCCUAUCGCCAAUGCCACGUAUGAUGUGGUGGCGAUGAGUGGAGCAACCAUCGAAAACCAUUUACCUCCAAGUUCUAUGCAAGAGUUUGUCAGAGUUAUCAAACCUGGAGGGUACUUCAUAAACUGCUACAGGGCUACUAUACAAGACAUCGAGUACGGGAAAGAAUGGCUAGCAGAGGCUGCACGGCUGGAAAAAACGGGAAAAUGGAAGCUGUACGGUCGGUUGAAUUUCCGGAAGUAUCACGUGUUUUCCGAUGGAUUCGUCGAUAUUUAUCAAGUUAAUUAGCAAGUGUAUGUUUAAUACAAAU